CAGCAGCGAUCCAGUCAUACUGACUAAAAGCUUAAGCAACUGUUAGUCUAAAUCUACACACUCACUUCACGGUUCCCCCUGACUCAGUGCCGUGGACCCAGAUCCGUGUUCAUUGUUGCAAAGCUUCUGUAUAGCAUAUAUAGUCCGAACUGGCGUGUAAAUAGGUAGAAGCAGUUUUCUCCUGUCGCACAACACACACAUUCCCACCAUGAUGGUUCGUCUCUGGAUCUCAAUUCUGCUACUGGUCGGAGUGUCCGGGUCAUCGGCGUCGUCACACACAAAUGCAGGCAGCAUCAACGGCGGCGCCAGCAGCGCCGGCAGCAGUGGUAUCGCACUUCAGGGCGGCGGCAAUUCUUGGGCAAGCGAAUCUCCAGCUGUGGCAGUCCUGCGCAUUCUAACGCAAGAUCCCUUCAUCUCAACCGGAUCGAUUCAGAGUCCGCAACACGGCGAUCAGCCGUACUACUACCUGUCUCAAGCCGAGGCAGAUUCGAAGGAAACUCAAUUGGCCUUCCUGGCUUCCAAGAGUCAUGUCGGGCAGGUGCAUGUUUUGGCGAGAUUUAUGAGGAGAAUGUUACCGGAAAUCGAUGUUUUGAAGAAGGUGUUUGCGGUAUCUUCAAAGGUGGCUGCACGAUCGCAGGUGACUUCAAAGGCGACGCACCACCAGGCGGUGCAGCUGCAGCUGGACUCGGAGGAAGUGGAGCAGAGUUUGGCCUACUUUCGUGGUCUUGGAGAGACACUGGGGGGCGGUCUAUUCGGCCACCGGGGAAAAAAUCUGUCUGCGCUCUAUCCAGCAAUCGCGGUCCAGGCAGUGUUUCUGGACUUCCUGAUGCGUCAGCCGCUCGAGAUGUGGGAAGGAUUCGAUCAGAGUUUCGGGGAAGAGCGGGUCGUGGUGAAGAAGCAGGUGCGGGAGGCUAUCGCAUUUUUUCUGGCACAGGAGGAGCAUGAUGAUGAUGUGGCGGACGAGCCGACCGUGGCGCAGGCGCAUGGUAAGCUGCAGUGGAAGGAUAUCAGAAACAGGAUGUGCUGCAGGAGGUCAGCCAGCGAGAACAAACACAUCGCAGCGGGAUUGCCGUCUUCUUCGCGCAGACCGGACUCGGAUGCACUUUCCAACGCAGACAGUUGUCACAACACAGACGCAAAGAAGACCCCCGACCAGCUCGCUGACGCGCUCUCCGAGGCCUUCUUGCAGGGAUUUGAGACCGUCGUGGACGGUCGACUGGAUCGUGGACUUGAAGCUGCCGCAAAAUUUUGCAACAGCUUCGUUGAGGCCGCUCACGAGGCGUUCUAUGCCAUGAAAGCAGACGUCUGGCUCGCAAAAAGCGCCAAUCUUCAGUCUUACGACGCCGAAGCGAGGCAACCGAGGGCUAAUGUGAUGGGUUUCAUGCGCUCAUUUGGUGAUGAUGCAAAACGUCUUCGGGUGGGCCAAGGCUACGGGACCCGCAAUAUGAAUUUAUUAUCGGCCAAUUCGCGCUCAUCGAGUCGCGGGUUUUCCAUCGGUGGAGAGUCCUUUUUCAAGAGCAGUUCCCACAGCGAGACCAGUUCUUAUUCAGGAUCGAUGGGCUCAGGGCCUUACAUUUCAGUCUCGGCAGGCUCGUCUCUCCACGGACGCGAUCGCGAGCAAGAAUACCGUUUGCGAACAGUCGAAGAUAAAGUCGAGCAGGUAUUGAAAAACAUAGCUCACAUUGCCAAAAAAGAUCUCGCUAAUCGCUACGUGUUGCAGGCCGAUAAGACCGCGCAUGACGCUGCUGUUCUCCAGGUGUUGCAGGCCGCACGUGCGCGAUCGACUUCUCAAGAAGAAACUGAGGAUGGUGUGCUUCUGAAUCUCCCUUCUUUCAUGGAGAAGCAACAGAUAUUUUCAUCAACGUCGUCGGACGAAACGGAGGCUUUCUACACCACGGCGUUGUCAAAAAUGUUUUUAUCGAGUAUGGGCGAUGUGAUAGUAGGAGGCAUAUUACACGCAACGACCGACUUCGCCGCGCUCGUUGUCGGGUUGCGGCGUUGGCAAAAGAAUAAUUGCCCGAGAUCCGAGUGUCUGAAUUCUGCGAUGGACUCUACGCGCAAUUCUUUUACUGCGUCCACCAGUGCCCCGAAAACGGCGGGAAAAGCCGACCGCCCGUUCUCCACGUCAAAGCUAAACAUCGUUGGGCGUGAACGAGCGCGGGGCCAGCUAAAGGUAGUAAACGGCCCGCUUGGACGAGUCGGAGCGGACGAGGGGUCUGCUUCCUCAAGAGCGAUCCCCUGGGCGGCACAGCAAGCUCACCAAUGGACGAACCCGGAAAUGUGUGAAAGAAUGUGUUCCCCGACAGCCGCAAGCUUCGUGAAGAAAUGUGGGGAAGACUACGAAUCGUUUUGGGAGUCAUUGGAUUCCCUCUUGACGGCUUUGAUCGGAGGACUGCGCGAGGUUUCGAAGGCACGUUUGGAGGAGUAUUACAAGGAACAAAGUAGUGUUGUGGCACAUUUGAGGCGUUCUGCGGCACGUUCUGCUAGGGGAGGGUAGGCGACACUGUAGUCAGAAUUUCAUUGAUUCUUUUAACAUAAAAAUAAGAACGCUAGCACAUAAUGCGUGACAGGGUGACGCGUCACCACAUCGCACAUCAAACAUCACCCGGUAUGCCC